CAAGUUGUUACUUGGCAAUCAACCAUAUAAAUAAUGUAUAGUGCCUUUAAGUCAGGAACAUUGGUUGAGGACACAAAUAAGCACAGGACAAUUUGUUAAAGAAUUUAGUAGUGGAAAUAGACUGUAUAAAACAAAAAUACAAGGCAAUAUUUAACUUCUAAAUGAGAGCUUCAGGAGGCCAAUAACGAAACAGCUCCUUUCCAGUUUAGGGUAAUGCCACUUAGGUAGGUAAAGGCAAGUUAGUAUUUAGAGAAACCUUUUUUCCCCCAUUUCUUUGCAAUUAUUCUUUUUUCUUUUUGAAAUUUUUAUUUAAUUAGUCAAUUUGGAAUAUUUUUCUUUGGUUACAAGAAUCAUGUUCUUUCCCUCCCUUUCCCCCAUCCCCUCCCGUAGCCGACGCGCAAUUCCACGGACAAACGUUUUAAGAGGAUUAAAGAAAUAAAAGUAGAAAUCAGGGCAGUUAAUUUUGAAGAAGACCAUUUCGGCUAUAGCAGGAUAUCCGACUGCAGGAAGUACAUCAGGUUCAAUGGGCAUGUGAUAUUAUCCACAUACUUUCUUUACGUAAGUAGGCGUGCAGCGCUCAAGUAACGUGGCGCACGCGCAGUACAAAAACCUGGGUUGCGGCUCCAGGGUACUUGGCGCAUGCGCAGCGAGGCAGGUGGGCGAGAGUAGGAGGGGCGAGGGAGAAGACAUACUCUUCGCGGCUGAGGGAGGGCCUUUUCCCGCUUUUUCUCUAACGGCAGGCUCAAAAUUCCUUUUGGCAUUUUGGAGCCUUGAGAGAAUCAUUGUCACUACUGAAAUGUCUAUAUGUGAAGAUAUGCUGCUCUGUAAUUAUCGCAAGUGUCGUAUCAGGCUCUCUGGCUAUGCAUGGGUAACUGCCUGCUCACACAUCUUCUGUGACCAGCAUGGCAGUGGUGAGUUCAGUCGGUCUCCAGCUGUCUGCCCAGCCUGCAAUAGUACCCUUUCUGGUAAGCUAGACAUUGUUCGAACAGAGCUCAGUCCCACAGAGGAAUACAAAGCCAUGGUAUUGGCAGGAUUGAGACCAGAAAUUGUUUUGGACAUUAGUUCUCGAGCACUGGCCUUUUGGACAUAUCAGGUGCAUCAAGAGCGCCUUUAUCAAGAAUAUAAUUUUAGCAAGGCUGAGGGCCAUCUGAAACAGAUGGAGAAGGUAUAUACACAACAAAUCCAGAGUAAGGAUGUGGAACUGACUUCUAUGAAAGGGGAAGUUACCUCCAUGAAGAAAGUAUUGGAGGAAUACAAGAAAAAAUUCAGCGACAUUUCUGAAAAACUCAUGGAGCGCAAUCGCCAAUACCAGAAACUUCAGGGUCUGUAUGAUAGCCUCAGGUUACGAAACAUUGCUUUUGCCAACCAUGAAGGAGUCCUGGAACCAUCCAUGAUUUCUCAGCCAGCUGCUUUUGGCUUCCCAACAGGGAAUACUACCAAGUUUCCUGUGGAUAUGACACCAGUUCGAAACUGGGGCGGUGGGGAUGGAGACUUCCAGUUCAGACCAUUUUUUGUGGGUUCUCCUACAGCAGCUGAACCUAGCAAUAGCUUUUUUAGUUUUGCUUCUCCCAGUCAUGAAGCAGAGCCACAGCCAGGUGGUAGCAGAGCCUUUAAAGUAAAAAGAAUGUAGCUCAUUUUGGAAACAGGGCAAAGUGAGAAAGAGGGAAAGUUAUAAUUAUGCCUGCCUACCAUGCCUCAUUUUUAAAAGUUGAAUUCACUAAGAAUUUAGUUUGCUUUCUUGCUUGUCUCUUGUGGUUUUCAACAGUAAAUGGAUCCUGGUUAUGGUGUAGCCAUUCUUAUGGCAAGUGUUGUUGCUCAUUCAUUCCUGAGGUUAUUAGUUCCCUUGUGCUAUUACUUCUAUAGAGUUUGCUGCUUGCUUUGAAAAACUUAGUGAGGAAGGAAAUUGGCUUUGGACUCUGGUUUUAUUUUUUUUUGCCUGUCUAUAUUAUUUUGAAUAAUGAAUACACUGUUUUAUUCAACUCAGUUUGAUUGUGAACUUUUGCUUAUUUGUGAUCAGUAGUAUUCAGAUGAAUGUGAGAAUAUGUUGGCAUUUAAAGAAAUAUUUAGCUUAUUGUAACCAUCUGACUUGUAUGGCCACAUAUUGCAGUAUCCAUAAAGUAUUUUAAUAUUAGAAUAUCUGUGUGUAGAUAUGUGAACAGUGUAACUUCUUUAAGUGUGUAUAUAUAUAUUUACCUGUGUAUGUAGGUUGUAGUAUUUGUGUAUAUGUAUGCAUUUUAUUUUAUAGUUGCAUCUUUGUUAUAUUUUUAUAUAUGUAUAUUUAACUUGGGAAAUAUGAUAUGAAUCUAUGAUCAGAUGCUUUUGGCAUAUUUUUGUAUUUAUGUGUGCCUGUUGAUAAUUUUAUGUUUAUGUGUCACCGUGUCAGCAUGUAUUUGGAGUAUAUUCAUUCAUGAAUAAAUGAACAUCUUAGCGCA